AGAAUGAGCUGGUAGCGUGUUCGGGGAACCCACACGCAUGUCGUGAUGGCCGCUGUGAACUCGGUGCACACGAGUCGGCUGCCGCUGCCGACGUUCUCGCCGCGCGCGGUGUUGAUGUACAGCGCGGCGGUGGCUGGCGAGGGUGCGGUGGCGUUGCAGCUGCGGGAGGCGGCGCCGGGCGAGCUCGACGCCACGCGGCUGCACGAAGACAGACUUGCCAUCGCCUGCCACGAGCCAGAGCUGCUCGCUGAUCUACUGCAUGCUGCUGCUGAGAUCGACGGCGAGCACGAUGGGCUCACGGCUUUUUUGGGUGCCGCCUCGCCGGAUCUGGCUCUGGCAUCCGACGCUUCCGACAGCCUGCCCAUGCCAGACCACGACAAUGGUACGUAG